AUGACUCUCACUACGCACUUCACGCUCAACACUGGCGCCAAAAUCCCCACCGUGGGAUUUGGAACAUGGCAGGCCAAGCCUCUCGAGGUCGAAAACGCCGUCGAGGUGGCUCUGAAACAGGGCUAUCGUCACAUCGACUGCGCUGCCAUCUAUCGCAACGAAACCGAAGUCGGCAAUGGCAUCCGCAAGUCCGGCGUUCCUCGCGAGGAGAUCUUCAUCACCGGCAAGCUGUGGAACACCAAGCACGCACCGGAAGACGUUGAGUCCGCGCUGGACAAGACGUUGAAGGAUUUGGGUAUCGAUUACGUGGAUCUCUACUUGAUGCAUUGGCCUUGCGCCUUCAAAGGCGGCGACAAGUGGUUCCCCCUCAACUCCGACGGCGUCUUCGAACUCGCCGACAUCGACUACAUCAGCACCUACAAAGCGAUGGAAAAGCUGCUAAGCACGGGCAAAGUGCGCGCCAUUGGUGUAUCUAACUUCAACGUCCGCCGACUCGAAGAACUCCUCUCCCAAGUCACCGUCGUCCCCGCCGCCAACCAAAUUGAAGCCCACCCCUACCUGCAACAACCCGAGCUGCUGCGCUUCUGUCAGAGCAAGGGUAUCAUCGUCGAGGCCUACUCGCCUCUUGGAAAUAACCAGACCGGCGAGCCCCGCACCGUCGACGACCCCCUUGUGCACUCCGUUGCUGGCGAGCUGGGUCUCGACCCGGGUCCUCUCCUGGCCAGCUGGGGUGUCCAGCGCGGCACGGUCGUUUUGUCGAAGAGUGUCACGCCCUCGCGGAUUGCUGCGAACCUGCAGGUUCGUCAGUUGCCGGAGGAUGCGUUCGCUAAGCUCUCGUCGUUGGAGAAACACAAGCGGUUUAACUUCCCGGCGAUCUGGGGGUAUGAUAUUUUCGAGGAGGUUGGGGAGGACGCGGUGCGUAAAGCGGCGGUUGCUGCUGGGGAGGUGAAUAAGACCAAGUUUACGGUUUAG